AUGGUAAAGAAGAUACUUGUUCUAAUUUCAGGCUCAGGCUCAAAUCUUCAAGCUUUAAUCGAUGCAAAGAUACCUGAUUCCGAAAUAAUCGCUGUUAUAUCUUCAAGCAAAAAAGCAUAUGGUAUUGAAAGGGCUGAAAAAGUUGGUAUAAAAACUGUUGUGCAUUCUUUAUAUAAGUAUAAUCAUCAUAUACCAAAAGAUGAGCAUCAAAAAAGAGUUGAAGCCCGAAAUAAAUAUGAUAUUGAUUUGGCUAAAAUAAUAAACGAUCUUAACCCAGAUCUCGUCGUGUGUGCCGGAUGGCUUCUAGUUUUGGGAAAAGAUUUUUUAAAGGAUCUUCAUAACAUACCGAUUAUUAAUUUGCAUCCAGCUUUACCGGGCCAAUUUGAUGGUACCACUCAUGCCAUUGAAAUGGCAUGGAAUAAAUGCCAGGAAACAAAAAAGCCAUUGAUUGCAGGUUGUAUGGUUCAUUAUGUGGUCGAAGAAGUUGACAAGGGCAAGCCUAUAGUUAUUAGAGAACUGGAGAUUAAUCCGGGAACAGAAUCAUUAGAUGAUUAUGAAACUAGAGUGCAUAGUGCAGAACAUGAGAUUAUUGUUGAAGCUACCAGGAAGGUGUUAGGUUUGUAG